AUGGCUCGUAAAGUGGCCAAGAAUCGAAAGCUCAGACGAGCAGAUCAUUUCAAGUUCAUCAAGGAGCUAUUGCUGGCGGAAUUAGAGCCCAGAGCACACAAACGAAAGGAACAAAGCACGAACGAUGAGCUGCGCGAGAGAGAGGCCACUAAGCUUGCGGAACGGAGGGAGGCCGAAGAAGCUGAGUACGAAAUGGAACAAAUCGUGAAUAUGCUUCGGUUGUUUGUGCACAUGGAAAAACUGAUGGCGUUUUCGCUUUUGGCGUGCUUUAACUGUUUCCUGUAUUACUUCACGGUGUUUCCAGCGCGGUUAGUGUACUGCUGUUUUAACGAAAAGAGACUCAAACAGGCUCGCAAAGAGUUUGUUACGCUAUUCCUGAUAGCUUGUGCGUCUGCAAUCCUCUUAAAAGUAGAUACCUCGCAGGUGUAUCAUAGAAUUAAGGGCCAAAGUGCCAUGAAGCUAUACAUGAUGUUUGGAGUACUAGAUAUGUGCGACAAAAUGUUGUCUUCCCUGGGACAAAGUCUUCUACUGGUGGUCAGCGCUAGAACCUUCAAAAAAUUCGGACCCGAGGCGCUCCAGGCGGUCGUCUUGAACGCGUGCGCGGCAGCGUGUCUGACGUGUCACGGCUUCGUUUUGAUCUACGAAACGAUUGCACUAAACGUUGCGGUGAACUCGUAUUCGAACUCACUUGUGACACUGCUAUUAUCGAUGCAAUUUGCCGAAAUCAAGGCCAGUGUCUUUAAGCGCUUUGACAAAGAAGGUCUCUUCCAAAUUACCAUCUCCGACAUCAUCGAGAGGUUCCAAAUGGUUAUUUUGCUCACUAUUAUUGCUAUCCGCAACCUGAUAGCCUCGACCUCUUCCUUUUCCACGUUGAUUCCAAACUCCUGGUCGUGGAGUUCAACAUCCUCCACUGUAGUGGAGGUACUGUGUGGGCCCGUCAUCACCGUGGUUGGCAGUGAAGUCCUGGUCGAUUGGGUCAAGCAUGCCUAUAUCAUCAAGUUCAAUAGGGUUAGACCUCAAAUGUACGACACCUUUUUGAAAAUACUUUGCAAUGAUCACGCUCACAAUCUUCAAAAGUUUCAAGUUCGACUUGGGCUGCCGGUUCCAACGCUGGUUGUUCUUUUUAUCGUCAUGAUUAGACCUGCUUUAGAGAUUGGUUUGUCCGAAACAUCAACCUCGAUGUUUGGUACGCUUUCCAUCGUCUCCAUGGGCUUUGUAUGCCUCUUUCUUUCCAAGUUUGUGCUACACCUGGUCCUGGAUAAAUGGUGCCAAGCCUUGCAUAGUCACAAUGGAGCAAAUCAGUUCGUUGUUAAUGAAACCAUGUAUGUUCCUGGGCCCCCGUCAAGCGGUCAAGGGAAAAUCGAUGGGAGAACUAGGGCAGCUGUUUACAGUGCUAGGAAAGGAGAUCAUGAUGAGGACCACUCAAAAAUCCCACCUACUUUGAUAGAAAAGCGAACGCAACAUGAUUCCAAACGCAGUCUCAAGAACGUAUCCCGCUACAGGAUGGUAUCUAAGCGCAUCUGGUGA